ACUUCGCCGCAUGAACUAGACGUCAAGCCUACGAACUUCACCUUGUUUUACCACGCAGCAUCCGGCCGAGUUUGAGGCGUCGCCUCAGUCAUCGAGCCGCAGCCCUUGCGUCUCUCCUCUGGUGGUCUACCCAGUAUCCUGUCUACUGCCUCGAUGCGCAACAACCGCCUCGACCACAUCCUAUCGUGGCCCUAACGCAAGCCAAGGUGACUCGACACGAUGCACUCAACACACAGACGGGACCGCGCCAUCGCAGACAGCGGCACCCACAACGCUCCGCUCCGAGUUGCUACUUGCUCGUCUGUCUACCCUCCACUCCCCUAUCUUUCCCUCUCUCCCCAAGUGUCACAAGUCUGGGCAUCCCUUUGAACGGAUGAAUCCACCCGUGACGCGGCAAGAUCUACGCUGUCCUCGUCGUUCAAUGCGAACCUCCACGGUCCGAAGCCCGCAAUGCAAAUCUUUCCAGAGAGCUCCGGCAGGCACUUAUCAUGUUCACCACCAAGCGUUGCCCCAGAGUCUCGACUCAAUUGUCCCUCAACUCUUGUUUCUUGAAUCAGCCUCCUCAUCAAACACGUUUACAUCAUAUUCGUCGAUACACUUUGGCGCAAUGGCUUCUUUGUGGCACUCAAGGAGCCAUACUGACUUAACCUUCCGUCAAUAUCAGCCUAGAUAUGUCGUCAACGAACGCUUCAAUCCCCCUACCGACACUGCCCCAAAUCCUUGGCGUUGCCUUACUCGAUCUGUAUGGACUAGUUUCAAGCUCGGCCAUCCUCUCCACCCAUCGACCCCUUUGCACGUAUAUGUCGGCCACUGCCAAGUUCCCAUUGGCACUGCAGCAUCAGCCUCCUUGUGUAAUGCCAUCUGCGUACACGCCCUUACUACGGAUAGUGGGCCCUUAUCACGGCAAGGCGGUCCCGGCGCCCCUGCGAUCCAGCAAAAUAAGGUAGCGCCUCUGGUCCCUGUUCAACUACAACACGUAUUCGUCUCAUCUACCACCUGUCACCCGCGCUCCGCCUCCUUCCGGUCUUCGAUCGGUGGGGGGAAUCUCCCGGAACCGUCGUCAGUGUUUCUUCUAACAUGAUCUGCAUCAAGCCCGACGCUGAAGCCAUGUCUGUUGGUCUCCUCUGGCGCAGGCCUCUCCGUUCCUUGGGAACAGAUGCUCCAUCUCUUCUGCUGGCCCCGCUGUCCCAU